UGCCACACCCCAUGCGGGCCAUGCGCGCCAUGCGCGCCGCUCGCCGUGCGGCGACGUUGGCGUUGAUGGCCGGCGGCGCUUGCGGUGCCUUUGGGUCAAUGGCGUCCGAUCCGGCGAUGGCGCGCUGGCGCCAGGUACGCUUCCGCGCUCUGCAGGAGGUGGACCUAGAGAUAGGUCACGCGCAUUCCGUCGUCCUGGUGGGCCGGUCCGGCGCCGGCAAAAGCACGCUACUUCAGCUGCUGGCAGACGGCGUGCCGGAGUCCGCGGCCCAGUUCGAGAUGGACUCCGGCUUGCAGCGACCGUUGGCGGUGCUUGACGCCUACGGAGUUCGAGCAGACGCAGCCCAGCCAGGGGCUCCUGUGACGGACCAAGAGCUGAAGCAGCUGCGGGACGCCUGGGGCGUUGGGAGCUCCUCACCAAGGUCGGCUAAGUCAGUGCGCUGGAAGACCCUCUGCCUUCGACAGCUGCAGCUGGCAAGGCCGAACCGAACGGAGUUACCAGUGUGAGGGCUCACUCCUAGACGCCA